AUGGGAUUAUCACUUUCCUUGCUCAAAUCUGCGUUGGAAGAAAUGUCCAGACAGCUUUUCUUUGAUAUGCCUUUCAAUGUGAGCUUUGCUUCCAAAGAUGGAACCUUGAUUUUAAGAGCACCUAGCUUUAAGAAAGGAGAAUCAAAAACUACUACUGUUUUGCCAAACGGAUCCAGAAGUUCAAACCGGUUAAGGGAUCACAGACCCCAAUGUGAGAACAUGGAUUGGAAUAAUCUUCCAAGCAAAGAUCAACUGAAACAUAAACCAGUGUCUUUGCUUUCUCUCCCUAAAGCAACAGUUUUCUCUCCCUCUAGACCUCCCAACGAGCUUGAUGCAGCUGCAACAAAACUCCAAAAAGUGUACAAGGGUUACCGCACUCGAAGAAACCUUGCAGAUUGUGCAGUGGUCGUGGAAGAACUAUGGUGGAAGGCAUUGGAUGUUGCAGCUCUUAAAAGGAGUUCUGUGUCAUUCUUUGAUGUCCAAAAACCAGAAACUGCAGUGUCAAGGUGGGCAAGGGCAAGGACAAGAGCAGCUAAGGUCGGCAAAGGUUUAUCCAAAGAUGACAAGGCACAAAAACUAGCCCUGCAACAUUGGCUUGAAGCUAUUGACCCACGUCAUCGCUAUGGACACAAUUUGAAGCUGUAUUAUGACACUUGGUUUGAAAGUCAAAGCACUCAACCAUUUUUCUAUUGGUUGGAUGUUGGAGAUGGCAAAGAAAUAAAUCUUAAGAACUGCCCAAGGAACACACUACAAGGCCAAUGCAUUAGAUAUCUUGGACCAAAAGAAAGGGAAGAAUAUGAAGUGAUAGUUAAAAAUGGAAAGCUAGUUUACAAAAAAGAUGGGAAACUCGUGAACACCGACGAGAGAUCCAAAUGGAUAUUUGUUCUUAGCACCACAAGGGCCUUGUAUGUGGGGAGAAAACAGAAGGGUAGAUUUCAACACUCAAGUUUUCUUUCUGGUGGUGCAACCACAGCAGCUGGAAGAUUAGUGGCCCAUGAAGGUGAUCUUGAGGCUAUUUGGCCAUACAGUGGUCAUUAUCACCCAACAGAAGAGAAUUUCAAGGAAUUUUUAAGCUUUCUGGAGGAGCACAACGUAGACCUCACCAAUGUAAAGAGAUGUGCAAUAGAUGAUGAUACUCCUUCUCUUGCUGCGACCAACUCAUUUACUGCUGCCAUUGAUGAUUCACAACAAACUAUGGGCCCUACUCUAAUUUCUCUCACGGGCCCAUCAAGUACAAUCAAUGCGAAUAAAAUAAUUGUGGACAAAAAGGAUGACGCGCCAACAUUCAACCUUUCCAAGAGGUUGUCUUGUAAGUGGACCAAUGGGACUGGGCCUCGUAUUGGGUGUGUCCGUGACUACCCCCCCCACUUGCAAUCGAGAGCGCUGGAACAAGUCAAUUUGUCUCCAAGGCCCACUUCUGCACGCUUGAGCAACUACGGCCCAAUUCCUUCUCCCAGGCCCAGCCCAAAAGUGAGGAUCUCCCCCAGGCUUGCAUACAUGGGCUUGCCCAGUCCAAGAAACCCGAUUCCAGCCAGUUAA